GACGGCCAACUUCGUGGCCUACCGCUGCCGGACGUGCGGCAUCUCCCCUUGCAUGUCUCUGUGCGCCGAGUGCUUCCACCAGGGCGACCACACGGGACACGACUUCAACAUGUUCCGCAGCCAGGCCGGGGGCGCCUGCGAUUGCGGGGACAGCAACGUGAUGCGGGAGAGCGGGUUUUGCAGAAGACAUCAAAUUAAAUCAAGUUCAAAUAUCCCUUGUGUCCCCAAAGACUUACUCAUGAUGUCUGAAUUUGUGCUUCCAAGAUUUAUUUUUUGUCUUAUUCAGUACUUAAGAGAAGGCUAUAAUGAGCCAGCAGCUGAUGUACCAUCAGAAAAAGACCUUAGCAAAGUUCUUCAGCUUUUGGAACCUCAAAUUUCCUUUUUAGAAGAUCUAACUAAAAUGGGAGGAGCAAUGCGGUCUGUUCUUACUCAGGUUUUGACAAACCAACAGAACUACAAAGAUCUGACUUCUGGUCUUGGAGAAAAUACUUGUGCAAAGAAAAGUCACGAAAAGUACCUUAUAGCUUUGAAGAGCUCUGGACUUACCUAUCCUGAGGAUAAACUUGUAUAUGGUAUACAGGAGCCAUCAGCUGGCACUAGCACUCUGGCAGUUCAAGGUUUUGCAGGUGCAACAGGGACAUUGGGACAACUAGAUUCUUCAGAUGAGGAGGAUCAGGAUGGAAGUCAAGGUCUGGGCAAGAGAAAAAGGGUCAAACUAAGCAGUAGCACCAAAGAUCAAUCCAUAAUGGAUGUUUUGAAACAUAAAAGUUUCCUAGAAGAACUAUUGUUUUGGACUAUAAAAUAUGAAUUCCCUCAGAAGAUGGUAACUUUCUUACUCAAUAUGCUUCCAGAUCAAGAGUAUAAGGUUGCUUUUACAAAAACUUUUGUUCAGCAUUAUGCCUUCAUUAUGAAAACACUGAAGAAAAGUCAUGAAUCAGACACGAUGUCUAACAGAAUUGUUCAUAUUAGUGUUCAGUUGUUCAGCAAUGAGGAGCUAGCAAGACAGGUAACAGAAGAAUGUCAGCUGCUGGAUAUUAUGGUCACUGUGCUAUUAUACAUGAUGGAAAGUUGCCUUAUUAAAAGUGAGCUACAAGAUGAAGAAAAUAGUUUACAUGUGGUAGUGAACUGUGGAGAAGCAUUACUGAAGAAUAACACUUAUUGGCCUCUUGUCAGUGAUUUUAUUAAUAUUCUUUCUCAUCAAAGUGUGGCUAAGAAAUUUUUGGAAGACCAUGGUCUGUUAGUUACAUGGAUGAACUUUGUAUCUUUCUUUCAAGGUAUGAACUUAAACAAGCGAGAACUAAAUGAGCAUGUGGAAUUUGAGUCUCAGACCUACUAUGCUGCCUUUGCUGCUGAACUUGAGGCAUGUGCACAGCCAAUGUGGGGGCUUUUAUCACAUUGUAAAGUGAGGGAAACCCAAGAAUAUACUCGAAAUGUUGUUAGAUAUUGCCUUGAAGCUCUUCAAGACUGGUUUGAUGCAAUUAACUUUGUAGAUGAGCCAGCUCCCAACCAAGUCACUUUUCAUCUGCCACUACAUCGUUACUAUGCUAUGUUUCUGAGUAAGGCUGUGAAAUGUCAAGAACUAGAUUUGGAUUCUGUUUUACCAGAUCAGGAAAUGUUAAUGAAACUAAUGAUUCAUCCACUCCAAAUUCAAGCAAGUCUUGCUGAAAUCCACAGCAAUAUGUGGGUAAGAAAUGGUCUGCAAAUUAAAGGACAAGCCAUGACCUAUGUUCAGUCUCAUUUCUGUAAUUCCAUGAUCGAUCCUGACAUUUACCUAUUACAGGUUUGUGCUUCUAGACUUGACCCAGAUUAUUUUAUUUCAUCUGUCUUUGAAAGAUUUAAGGUAGUGGAUUUGUUGACAAUGGCGUCGCAACAUCAAAACACAGUGCUUGAUGCAGAGCAUGAGAGGUCGAUGUUAGAAGGCGCUCUUACAUUUCUUGUGAUUCUUUUGAGUCUUCGUUUACAUUUAGGAAUGUCUGAUGAUGAGAUUCUUAGGGCAGAGAUGGUAGCCCAGCUGUGUAUGAAUGACAGGACACAUAGUUCAUUGCUGGACCUCAUUCCAGAAAAUCCAAAUCCCAAAAGUGGCAUUAUUCCGGGCAGUUAUAGCUUUGAAUCAGUUUUAUCAGCUGUAGCUGAUUUUAAGGCUCCUGUUUUUGAACCUGGAGGUUCUAUGCAACAAGGCAUGUAUACUCCUAAAGCUGAAGUCUGGGAUCAGGAGUUUGACCCCGUCAUGGUCAUUCUUCGAACAGUUUACCGUAGAGACGUGCAGUCUGCAAUGGACAGAUAUACAGCAUUUUUAAAACAGAAUGGAAAAUUCCCUGGAAAUCCUUGGCCUCCUUAUAAGAAAAGGACACCACUCCAUCCCAGCUAUAAAGGUCUCAUGAGACUAUUGCACUGUAAAACUUUACAUAUUGUGCUAUUCACUCUGCUUUACAAGAUUUUAAUGGAUCAUCAAAAUUUGUCAGAACAUGUACUCUGCAUGGUUUUAUAUCUGAUUGAAUUAGGACUUGAAAAUUCAGCUGAUGAGGAAUCAGAUGAAGAGGCAUCAGCGUGUGGACCAGAACGUUGUCAUGACAGUUGGUUUCCUGGCAGUAAUUUAGUAGCCAACAUGCGACACUUUAUAAACUAUGUUAGAGUGAGAGUUCCAGAGACUGCUCCUGAAGUGAAGAGAGACUCACCUGCAAGUACCAGCUCUGAUAGCUUGGGCUCUUUACAAAGUUCACGAAGGCCUAAAGUUCUUCAAAGAGAGAAUUCUGGUACAGCCCAAGUUUUCAGCUUAGUAGCAGAGCGUAGAAAGAAGUUUCAGGAGAUCAUCAAUCGUAGCAGCAAUGAAGCAAAUCAGGUGGUUCGUCCUAAAACUUCAAGUAAAUGGUCUGCUCCUGGUUCAGCUCCACAGUUAACUACAGCCAUUUUGGAAAUUAAAGAAAGUAUAUUGUCUUUGCUAAUUAAACUUCACCACAAACUCUCAGGAAAACAAAACUCCUACUAUCCUCCUUGGCUUGAUGACAUAGAAAUUUUGAUCCAACCAGAAAUUCCUAAAUAUAGUCAUGGAGAUGGUAUAACUGCAGUAGAAAGAAUUUUACUAAAAGCUGCAUUGCAAAGCAGAAUGAACAAACGUAUCAUUGAAGAGAUAUGUAGAAAAGUGACCCCUCCUGUACCACCCAGAAAAGUCACUGCAGCAGAGAAGAAAACAUUGGACAAAGAAGAAAGGCGACAAAAGGCUAGAGAGAGGCAGCAAAAAUUGCUUGCAGAGUUUGCUUCACGACAAAAAAGCUUUAUGGAAACUGCAAUGGAUGUUGAGAGAUUUUUCUUCUCAGAUUCUCCUGAGAAUGAUAUUCCUAUGGAGAUCACCACAGCAGAACCACAAGUUUCUGAGGCAGUAUAUGAUUGUGUUAUUUGUGGGCAGAGUGGCCCCUCCUCUGAAGACCGACCUACAGGAUUGGUUGUUCUGUUACAAGCAUCCUCAGUUUUGGGGCAGUGCCGUGACAACACUGAGCCAAAAAAGUUGCCUAUCACUGAAGAGGAACAGAUUUAUCCUUGGGAUACAUGUGCAGCAGUUCAUGAUGUGAGGCUUUCAUUAUUACAGCGUUAUUUUAAAGAUAGUUCUUGUCUCUUGGCAGUAUCAAUUGGCUGGGAAGGAGGUGUUUAUGUACAAACCUGUGGACAUACAUUACAUAUAGAUUGUCAUAAGUCUUACAUGGAAUCAUUACGGAAUGACCAGGUUCUUCAGGGGUUCUCCGUGGACAAAGGAGAAUUCACCUGUCCUCUCUGCAGGCAGUUUGCGAACAGUGUUCUUCCUUGUUAUCCUGGAAGCAAUAUGGAAAAUAACCUUUGGCAGCGUCCUAGUAACAAAAGCUUACAAGAUCUCAUAAAGGAAGUGGAGGAGCUGCAGGGACGGCCGGGAGCUUUCCCAGUAAGCAUCAGUUCUGAAACUAACUUAAGUAAGGAAAUGGAAUCUGUAAUGAAAGAUAUAAAAAAUACUACUCAGAAGAAAUAUAGAGACUAUAGCAAGACCCCAGGCUCACCAGACAAUGAUUUUCUUUUUAUGUAUUCUGUUGCUAGAACAAAUUUGGAACUUGAAUUAAUACAUCGAGGAGGGAAUUUGUGUUCAGGGGGUGCAAGCACAGCUGGCAAAAGGUCUUGUUUAAAUCAACUGUUCCAUGUAUUAGCCUUGCACAUGCGGCUUUAUAGCAUUGAUUCUGAGUUUAAUCCCUGGAGAAAGCUUACUCAGUUAGAAGAGAUGAAUUCGCAGUUGGGAAAUGAAGAACAACAGCCUGAGGUUCCAAUUCUUUAUCAUGAUGUUACAUCCCUUUUGCUUAUCCAGAUUUUAAUGAUGCCACAACCCUUACACAAAGACCACUUCACCUGCAUUGUGAAGGUGCUUUUUGCCCUACUGUACACACAAGCUCUUGUGGCACUUUCAGUCAAAUGCAAUGAGGAAGAUAGGUCAGCCUGGAAACAUACAGGAGCUCUCAAAAAGAAUACGUGUGAUGCAGAAAAGUCUUAUAAAGUGCUAUUGAGCUUUGUGAUAAGUGAACUAUCUAAAGGAAAGUUAUACCAUGAAGAAGGAGCUCAGGAGUGUGCAAUGGUUAGCCCUAUUGCUUGGUCUUCUGAAUCCAUGGAAAAAUACUUGCAGGACUUCUGCUUACCUUUCCUCAGAAUCACCAGCCUUCUUCAGCAUCACCUUUUUGGGGAAGAUUUACCUAGCUGCCAGGAAGAAGAAGAAUUUUCAGUUCUUUCCAGCUGCCUGGGACUUCUGCCAACAUUUUACCAAACAGAACAUCCCUUCAUCAGUGCCUCCUGUCUGGAUUGGCCAGUUCCAGCAUUUGAUAUUAUAGCUCAGUGGUGUUCUGAGAUAAAUUCAUUUACUGAAAGACAUGCAGAACAAGGAAAGGCCUUGCUUAUCCAAGAGUCAAGGUGGAAGUUACCACACCUACUACAGUUGCCUGAGAAUUAUAAUACCAUUUUUCAGUACUACCACAGAAAAACCUGCAGUGUCUGCACCAAGGUUCCUAAAGAUCCUGCUGUUUGCCUUGUUUGUGGCACUUUUGUAUGCCUGAAAGGACUUUGCUGCAAGCAACAAAGUUACUGUGAAUGUGUAUUGCAUUCUCAGAACUGCGGUGCUGGCACAGGGAUUUUCCUCCUGGUCAAUGCGUCGGUGAUCAUCAUCAUCCGAGGGCACCGCUUCUGCCUGUGGGGCUCAGUGUACCUGGACGCGCACGGAGAGGAAGACCGGGAUCUUAGGCGAGGCAAGCCUCUCUACAUUUGUAAGGAAAGAUACAAAGUUCUUGAACAACAGUGGAUCUCUCAUACUUUUGAUCACAUCAAUAAAAGAUGGGGUCCACACUACAAUGGGCUCUGACUCACCACCUCGGCACUGCAUUAUAUUAUCAUUUUCAUUAAGAAUUUAUCAACAAUAAGCUUUAACUUAAUAUGGGGGAUUAACACUUCUGCUGAGGGGAAAAAAAGAAAACUUACGUUAUGAAGCCUUUCCAAAAUUAGGUGCUUGGUAAUCACAUUAAUGGUAUAAUAAUUUUAAAAAGUAUCUGGAGAACAUAAGUUACAAGUUAAAUCAUUCUUUAGUGGUCAUUUAAAAAAAUCUACAAUUAAUAAGAAGCACAAUUUGACAAAAUUAUUUAAAACUGAUUCUCCCAGCAAUGCAUAUCAAUGAUUCAUUGAUACUUAGAGUGGGUGUGAUUUAUUUAAAGUUUUACUGCUUCUUUAUGUCUGUGUGUUAAUUUGCAUCUGCUAAACAUAAUGCAUCUUUUCCCCUCACCAUUCUUGUGUUGAUUUGAGAUUUUUGCUGUAUGUAAUUAGAAAAAAAUGUAAAACAUGAUUUAUGUGAAAUAUUGUAUAGUAAAAGUUGGUUUAAUAGUAGAACUUUAAAAUGUUUUCUUAUUGUGAGGAAUCUGUUAAAGUUUAAGGCUUUGCUGAAAACUUAAUUCAUUCUCAGGAAUUUCAUAAAUAUUCUCCCCAGGUAAAUAAUUAAAAUAAUUGUAAAAUAAGUAGAUAGCUGCUGUUAAUAUAAUACAGUACAUUUUGGGAGAUACAUGAGUGCUUGGGGGAGGGAGCCCUUAAAAUCAAAAUUUUCCAUUUCAGUUGGUUGAAUUACUGGAGGUAGUAACAAAUAGAUUUGACUAUAAAAUUAAGUUUUAAGAGCAUACACAUGGCAGAUUUUGAAUCUGCUCAUGCCCAUCUUUUAUUACCAACCACACUUUUUUUUAAAUGACUGGAUUGGAAAUGCUCAGACUUCCCCACAAAUGAAGCAUAGUUUUGGAACUUUCCUUUCAACUCAAGAGGUUCAUCUAUAUAUUUGUGCAAUGUAAUCACUGCUAUUUCUGCUUGGUUUCCUAAAAAGGGAGGGAAAGGCUCAGUGGUGAGGACCCUUAUGAAUGAACCUCACACCUGCAUUCUUCUUAAGUGCUGUUAUGAAAAGCAAUUUAUGUUUGUAGGGUUUUUAAGUCAGAAUGGGAAUGAUUGAGCUAAACUCUAUUAGAAGAGAAGGAAGAUUACAGAAAAGCAUGUUAUAUAUUGCUGCCGUUUUUUUUCUUCAAUUAAUUAAGUUGAUGAUUAUUUCAUACUUAGUGCUAUCAAACAAUUCCAGAUACUUUGGACUGAACAUGGCUUGUUAUAUAAAAUUACAUUUUUACAUAUAAAAAUAACCUAAAAAACAUCUAGUGAUAAAAUAUAAAAAUAAAGUCAGAUCUAGCUUCUAAAAAUCAUGAAUGACAUGAUAUUACAGAAUAUGCAAGUGGACAUUAAAUGAUGGCCUUGGUUAAAGUAGAGAGAGCAGAACAGUACAUACUCAAAUGUGUUCAAAAAGUAAAAAAAUUACCUAUAGCUCUACGAUAAAAUACAUGGAAAUAGCUUGCUAUUUUUAUAUACAUUUCCAAAAUAUUAAGAUAACUUUCUGAAAGAUUAGAAUGAUUCUGUUUAAAUAGCUGUCCUUUCCAACUCAUUGCUACUUUUUACAGUAAUGUAUCAUAAGUCCAGUCUGUCAUAUUUUUUUUUUUUGCAUCAGUCAUUAUGAAUACCAGACCAUUUGUAAGUGUGGUUGAAAAGCAAAAUGCUAAUUUACAUCUCUAGUAAAUACUGUUUCAGGAUUCAUGAACUUGAAUAAUUCUACAGUUUGAAACUCUGAUGCUAUAUAUACAUGGUAUAAUGUAUUCAGACUUUGAUUACUACAUAUUUAAAAUGGAAUGUUUUAUGGUUGUGCAUAUGGAUGUGAAGUGAAAUAUUUAGCCUUAACAUUAAAAUUUGGGUUUGAUAGUGUUUAUUUUGAUAUUGGUGAAUUAGUCACCAAUAAAUUUUUUAAAAGCACUUGGUUGAAAAUUGUACUUGAAUUCAUACAUGCAUGCUGCUAAACUAGAACUUUAAUUUCCCCCCCAUAAUUUUUUUAAGUACCAUUUAUAAAUCCACUUUUAAAAAUAACAGAUCCAAGUUAGAGUGCUGUGUGUAUAUUAUUCAAAAAUGUACUGGUGUGAUACCCUGUAUGAAUGAUCAUUUAAAUACAGUACAUUACUGUAGAAGCUAAAUCAAUCUUUAUAAUUAAGCAGAAAUUAUAAACCUAGGAAUAAUCAACAUUGUAAGAUAUGUUAAUAAAAACCUACUGUCAUUUGGUUUGUGAAAGGUCCUUAAAAUGUUUAAUGUUUACAUGUUUUUUCAAAGAUAUUUACAAUAAUGUAUGUAAGUGAGCACGGCUCAAAAGAUGAAAGCAUAACACAGCUAAUAAUUGCUUUAAGGUGGAGUUUAAGUGUAAAGGGUUUGUUUUUUCUUUUUUCUUUUGAGAGCUAGUUCCUAUUUCUGCUACCCUUGUGUUAAAAUUAAUGCAAAGCCUUUGCUAAGUGUAUGUGUUUUGGAAAGGAGUGGGGAGAAGAAAAUGGUUGUGCAGAUCUGAGGAACACUGCAUGGUCCUUGCUUUCUGAAAAUCCCCAGCUGGACUUUAGAAAUCUGAAGUGAUUCGUGAUAAUGGUCUUUUUGAAUGAUCUGUGGAGGUGUUGAAUUGACAGUCCUCAUCCCUACCCGUCCAUCCUGGAGCUCACCAGCCAGUCAUCACCAGCCAGUUAGGAAUCCAUUUAUGUUUACAAACCUUUCUUUCUGCUUUAUGUGUUUUGAUAUUUAUUGAUUUCUUUGACCUAGAAGAAAUGCUGACAAAAGCACUGAAAGCUUGGGGAGAACAACAGCACGAAAGGAGAGGUGGCCCAGGGGUCUCUUGUGUCUUCUCCAGGAUUGUCAUUGCUAAUUCUCAAGUUCCCAUUCUUGGCUCAUAUUUGAGGUCAUGUUGACAACAACAAAAGAAUGCAACAUAGUUUUAACCACUAGAAUCACCAAGACAAGAUACAUUUAUUGUAGCUUGGGGUUAUGCCUGACACUUGAGAAUUAGUGGGAGAGCAGAAGACUUGUUACUGUCUCAGUUCCAUUCACAGCACAUUGUUCUUUCUUUUAUCUCUGUGAUCUGACUGGAUCAAGCUCAUCAGGGGUGAGCUGGAGUGGACAGAAGGAUGGCAACGUCAUCACUUCUCGAUUUGUGAACUUCAGGUUCCCUUGAUAAUGAGGCAUAUCAAGUACUGAAGAGCUGUACCAUCUUAGUGUGCAGUAAUCUAGCAGUGGAGAGGAUGCCACUCCAGCUGAUGCAACACAAUGAAGAAGCAUAGUGAUACCGUGAGUGAGUUAAUAUGAAAUAUGACAGUACCAAGAUUGAUGUGGCAGAGCUCAAGAGCAGGCCAGAGAAGCAGGUUCAAGGGCACAGAUAAAUGCUUCAGCUUGAGAGGAAGGAAUAGGGGCAAGAGAAAGGAAAGAAAGUUUAAAGGAAGGAAAGGAGUCCUAUCCAUUCUCUCUUACCUCGGUGACAGAGUAGCAGGAUCAUCUGUUGAGAGUGAGCAAGUGUAGAAUAACUUGGGCGCUUGAAGUAAGUGGUGAAAGUUUAGACAUAUGGUAGGAGAGAAUAGGCUGGGAAUAAGAAGCACCGCAGAAGUCAUACUGAGGGCCCAGUAGGGUUAGGAGCCAUAUUUUAAUGGAGCCAGUUAGAAAGGUUUUGUGACUUUAUGAAGCCCCUGAGCCCAGCAGUCUAGGACCUGAAGGGUAGAAAUUAGACUGCUGAAUUCAUGUUUUGGGGAUUUGAGAGGUGGGUACAAUGUAAGGUAGUAAGAAAUUUGGGAGUGCUAGUUGAAAUGAGUGUAGGGUCCAUGUGGGAUAAAUUGAAGGGUAUAAUAUAAAUCACAAGAUUUAAUGUAAGCUUUCAAAGUUAUGAAAAUUGCUUUAGUGUUGAAGAAUUAAAAUUCACUUAUUUAG